AUGUCCGUACCGUGUACGUGUAUAGCCAUGGAUCAGUCUGCAGAUACCAUAGAGUAUGUACCAAUUAAAACAUACUAUUUUAAAACAGAAGAGGACAUACUAACAUUAUUCAAGAUUAAUAAGAUACAAUAUAAGACCAGUAUUUAUGAAGUAGUUUCUAAAAAUAUCAACAGAAUAUCAUUAAAAAAGAACUGUUUUGAUCCUAAAGUUUUAGAUUGUGUACUGAUUGAAGCAAACGUGAAUAAACUAGUUAUGAAUUGUGAACUCGGAUUUUCCAUAUUUAAAAAAAAUAGUCAACUCGUCGACGUAGCAUUCAAUAAUGUUAUGAAUGAAAUAAAUGAGUUUAUCAGUACCUUUAUUAAAAUUUUAAAUGAAGAAGAUAGAAUUUUAAUAAUUGAUGGACUUGUACUUGGGAAUUCAGCAAGUUCUCCUAUUAGCAAAUGUUUAAUUUCGGUUCGACCAGAAAAAAAACCCUCUAUUAUCUUAUUGAAGUUAACAAGUUCGUCUUUAGAAAAUUCGAAUUUGUUACAAAAUAAAAAUCUAGCUAAAAUCACUGGUCCAGGUAUUUAUUUAUUAUUUGGUAAUAUAAAAACAAUCAUAAAAUACACAGAUGAAGAAUUCAUGUUGUUAAGAAUACAGAGCUAUGAUAAAUGUUGCAUUAGAGUUCGCAAAUAUCCUCAUAAAAUUCAUAAUUUCAAUAAUAUUUCUGGACGUGAAACAAUGACUGGUGUAAAAUCUGAUCUGUUUUCAUAUAAAGUUGAUAUUUUAGUUAAGAAACCAUGUCAAGAUUUUCUUUCACUGAUAUUGGACCAACAAAUAAUCUUAUAUAACAUAAAAGUGAUCCAUUCUAAUAACUCAGGCAUAUUUUCACUAUGUGUUAACGGAAAAUCAACAAAUUUAAAAGCCCAUAAAGUUAUUCCACAACUCAAAAGAAUUCCAACAACUCAACAUCAUCUAUCCGAGCCAUUUUGUGAUGAUAAUAUUUCGUAUUCGCCUUCAAGUCCUGAAUAUUUAAAAACAAAGCCAGACCAAAAUUACAAUAAUAUUAAUAAAAGAGCUAAUUGUUCAUCUCACAAUGGAAAUAUGAAUAAUAAUAAUAACGAAGAUCAAGAAAAUGGUAAUUAUCAACCUAUCAAAAUUAUUAAGCCAAAUAAUCCAACAUAUAACCAAGUCCAACAAUAUAAUAACAAAAGGCUUCCUCCUGUGUCUUCUCUUUUUAUAGAUGAGACAAAUUACAUAAAUGAAACUAAUCUGCCUAUUCAAAUUUCAGAUGUUCAUUCCUUGCCAUUUAAUUCAGAUCAUUCACAAAAUACAAUGGAAUUUACUAAUGUCAACAAUCGAGAAGUAUUGGGUGUCAGUAGCUUACGGUGUAUUGGACCUUGCAAACCAAUAUGUAUUGAACAAUAUUUAAAUGAUGAUUAUGAUUCUAUCAACUUAGUAUCUGGCUAUUGUACAAAAUGUUAUACUUUCACUCCAAUAUCUUUUCUAACACCACACAUUGACGAUUUCAACAAUGAAUACACAUGUCUAAGAUGCCGCAAUGUCUUAUUUCUAACUUUUUUUUUUAAAUUGAACUUUUUGUAUGGGGAAAAUAAUGCUCAAUCAAUUGAAUUAAUAUGCUACAAUGAUAAAGCUAUAGACCUAAUCAAUCAACUAACAAAGAAAGAUAUUAAUGUAAAGGAUUAUUUAUCACACUACAGUUGUAGACAAACAGUUGUAGAUGCCAUGAGGAAUUUUAUAUUUAAACAGAAUAAUAUAAUUAUAGUUUUUCAUGAUUUGCCUUCAGAUAAUGUUCACAUCCUUGUUAGUUUAAGUACAAUGAUUGAUUUGAAAGUUGAGACAAUAUAA